AUGAAGCUAGCGGAUGUUCUCUUUGGACUGUACAAGCGGAGUUCUCGACGUCGACACGACCUGGAGUACUUUAAGUUUAAGUACUAUAAAGAUCCACUUUUGAAAAACAAAGUUUCGGGUAAAGGUGAAAAGGAGCCGCGUAAGUUUGUGCGUUUUAUAUAUUCUGUUUGUGUUGAAGAAAUGGCAUUGAUGUUGGCUUGUCUCAAGUCAAAUGAUUUUGAGGAGAAACCGUGUUCUCAAGUUAUUGAUGCAUUUAACAAAUGUGUUGUGGCCGCUGAGGCUCGUCGGACGCGCAAUAAAGAGGCGCGCAGGAUGGGCCACUUUAGUAGUGAAAGUGACGAUCCGGAGGAAUCUAGUCGGCUGUCCUCCAUACAGAUUAACCGCGUCCUCCGAAAAUUUCCCGAACCCUGA